GACACAUUGUCUCUUACAAUAAUGAUAAGAAGUCGUUUUCGUCAAUUUUUCUUUAAGGUCGUUUAUGGAACCGAAACAUGCCGAACAGACUGACCAACAUCAGUAGCUCACUCCAGAUUUUCAAACUGAAAUUUUAUGUAUUGGAAAAAAAUACAUUAUAAUACCAGAAUAUUAAACGGAAUCCGGAAUAAUGAUGAUACAUUGCAAAAGUAUCCCAGGAGAACGCGUAAUUGUCAACAGUAGUGUAACAGAUCUUCUGAAACUAUUUGAUGCACCUGAAAUCCAUUCAAAACCGAUAUUAGAAGUCACUCUGAAGAUCAUAUUUUAUAUAAUUGCAAUUGCCGGUGACAUCGUAGGAAAUUUUAUAGUCAUUUUAAUUAUAAUAUGUCACAAGAAAAUACGAACAACUACAAAUAUUCUUAUCCUGAAUUUAGCAAUUUCUGAUAUUAUGGUGGCGUUUUUCUGUAUGUGGGUACAUCUUGGAAACCAGAUUUCUCCUAUGUGGCCAUUUGGUGCUUUUAUGUGUAAAUUUGCAACCUUUGUUCAAGUUCUAUCAGUUACACUCAGUGUUUUAACCCUAACCUGCAUAUCAAUAGAGCGGUUUUUAGCUAUAGUUUUUCCGCUAAAAGGAAAGAUGACAAUACGCGGAAUAUACAUAUCAAUUUCAGUAACAUGGCUAAGUUCGCUAGCGAUUGCUUCGCCACAUCUUUUUAUUCACGAACUGGUAGAGAUGCAGUUCCGGAACAGGAAAGACACAAUUUGUCAAGAGUCAUGGCCAAAGUACUACACUGACACUAAAUGUAAAACAGAAGAACCUGGGAAGAAAAUUUAUUAUACAAUUGAGGGCGUGGUCAUGUAUUUCAUCCCCAUACUUGUUAUGAUAGUUGCCUAUAGCAUAAUAAUUAUGAAGUUAACAUUUAGAAAAAUUCCUGGCAAUAUCACAACAAGUUCGACUUCAUCACAUGACAAAAUCAGAAGAAAAGUUAUUCGAAUGUUAUUGGUUGUUCUUUUAUCAUUUAUAAUAUGCUGGACACCCCAACAAACAUUUCUCCUAUGGGACGUUUACAGAAGCCGUAACGUACAAAUACCAAAAUACGUCAUAUCAUUAAAGUAUGCCGCUGUAUACCUUGCAUAUUUUAAUAGUGCACUCAAUCCUAUAAUAUACGCAGGGCUGAAUGAAAAUUUUAGAAAAGGCUUCAAAGAGGCGUUUAAAUGUCAACUGUGGGGGAAAAGAAAUCAAAUUCGUCCAGUUACAGGUCCAGUGACACCGUUAACUGUGAAUGUUUCCAGCUUUCAGAAUAUCAGUUCAGUUAUUACAGAUGAUGGAUUGGUUGAUUUAUAA